CAAAACUGUCAGAGCCAACUUCAGCCAUAUUGUAUUAUGUUUCAGCGAUUUUUUGUUGUUUUACUCGCAAUAAACAUUCUAAAUACUGAAUCAGUUCAUUAUUUUCUUGUAUAAGCAAAAAGUUUUGUAUUCAAUUUUUGUCCUAUGUUCAAUUUAUGAUAAGAGUAUAUUACCGAAUUGUUUCAUGGAAAGUAGCACAAACAACUGAUCCUGUUUGGUUAUAUUUUCUUUUAUUGAAAAGAAGAACCAAAGCAUAUUUUUGUUUGGGAGCACAACAAACAAGUUUUGAUACUUUCACAAUUUGGCGUAAUUCAAAAGCGCAUCUUGGCAAAAAGGAAAGAUUGUCAGUGGUGAUUGAAUGAAAUUUGUCCAGUUAUUUUUGAAAAAUUGUGACGUGAACUUGACGAAAACGAACACCAGAUAAAUAUGAGUGAAAAUUGGAUUGGAAAGUCUGUUUCAAUCAAAUGCAUCGAUGACUUUGGCAUUUUCCAGGGCACAAUCAAAGACGCAAAUGCAUCGAAAAUUGUGAUAUCGAGAGCAUUUCGUAAUGGUCUUCCGUUGAAAACGCCAGACGCGGAGGUCACAAUAAUGGCUAAGGAUAUAGUUAAGAUAAGUCUGAUACCGUCACAUAAUGCAGCCAACGUAAAUAACGGGUCGCAAAAUAAUGCGUUACAAAUUGAUGAGCAAAUAUUCAACAAAAUCAAUAUCGCUAGCAAGGAGGCAAAACCAGUGGCAACCAAAUCGCCUCCGACCAAUCAAAAGGCCAAUUUUAAGGCAAAAUCACCAAUCAGCAUCAAAAAUCCAUUUGGAAAUUUCAUUCCAGCAAAAGUCGAAGUGAACAUGGCACAUUCGAAUUCAAGUGCACAAACAGUGAAUAACAGUGGCAGUGGCAAUGCCAAUAAGACUAAUAAUUAUAGCAACAACGCCAACCAUAAAUUGGCACAAAUCCCAGUUAUAUUGCAACGCAAUGCAAGUCAACCAAUUGAUAUAGCGUCAUCGACAAAUAAUGGCGCUUUUCAUAAACCAAGUGCACCGACGGUAGCACAGCAGUUGGCAUUCAACAAAAUGGACAAAAAGAAAACGAAUCGUAACCGCUAUGACAAAAAUAUUACGUUCAGCACGCCUGUUGACGAUCCGGUUAUGGAUGAGGACUUUGAUUUCGAGAAAAAUUUGGCUUUGUUCGACAAGCAAGCUAUUUGGGAUAAGAUUGAUGCAAAUCAAAAGCCGGACUUGGUCCGACAAACUGGCCACGUUAAUAAAAAAGUGAAAAACUAUAGACACGACGAGAAUAUUUUAACUGCAAAACCAACUGGCUAUCGCCAGAUUACGUUGAAAGAUCGCUGUGCUCAAGAAUAUGUAACUGACGACGGGUUUAUUAUUCCGACGAUUUCGUCAGAAAUUCGAUCGCGAAUUUGUUUGCAAGCCGAAGUGUUUGGCUUGGACUGGGAAAGACAAUGCGAUAUGCUGUCAAGAAGCUGCGUGGAACUGUGCUUGCAAAUGUUGGGUGGUGCGCGUCGACUGUCGCUGAAGAACCAGCAUCAGUGGCCGAAAAUUGCGAUAAUUUGUGAUGAAAUGUGCAACGAACGAUGUAGUGAAGUGGGAUUUGCUACGGGUCGCCAAUUGGCUUCACAGGGGCUACAAGUACAUAUUUUAGUGAAACCAAAUCUGAGCUAUGCGCUCCGCAGCAAUCGUGAGGCUGAACUGUUCAAGGCGACCGGCAAUGCGAUAACGAUGUCCGUUGACGAAAUGCCAUCGUGUGAUCUCAUUAUUGUAUCGCUUCCAAAGCCAAUUGUUGAUAAGAAUGUUCUGAAAUGGAUUAACGAAAGCAGAUCACCGAUAAUGGCCAUUGAUCCCCCAGUUACCGGUAUUCCACUCUUGACGAUUAAGUGCUCCAUUCUUCCAAUACUACCACUAGAAAAUAUAUCGGCCGCUUGUGGCAAAUUGUACUUGUCCAAUCUCUCCAUUCCGGAAAAGUUCUAUCGUGAUGCUGGGAUCAAUUACAAAAGCCCAUUUGGUCAUAAGUUCGUGAUUCCAUUGCAUCUGGUGAACGAGAAUGAGGCGGCAAAAAGUGAUAAUGAAAUAUCGUCACCUUGAGCACAUCAGAACAUCGGCGCACGUCAUACGGUGUGCCACUAACGGUAAAAGAAUAAUAUGGUUCCAGUACAAGCAGAAGGACAACAUCGACGCAAAAUUCUUAUAAAAUUUCUAUUUUGACCACCAUUGAUUUCAAUCAAUAGGCAAUUUUUUUUAUUUCUCUCUGACUCUUAAUUUUGUAUUACCAUAUCCAUAGAAAUGAAUCAAAACCAAAACCGAAACAGAAACAAAACCUCCAACAUUUUGCCUGUGAAAAUAAAGAUACCAAUUUCUUAUACCGUAAA